CCUGAAAAGAGGAAGCUUGUGGGCUAGCCACCUAGUUCUGCCUGUGUUACAGUAAGAAGGAGCUACUUAGAAGAAGAUGAAGCCCUUGUUCCUGCUAAUAGAGAUAUUGAUAAUUCUUGGGGUCACAAUUAAAACUAUUGAAGCAGAAAAACAUAGUAAAAAGCAGAAAGGAAGAAAUGUCACCGCACAGGUAUCAGUGAACAAAGUCAAACAAUAUUUAUCAAAUGUAUUGGAACAAAGAAAACCAAUUAAUGUAAUCAGUAAAAAAGAAAAUCUCUUAGAAAAUAAGAAAAAUCAUCAUAAACUAAGACGAAAAGGAAUUCGAAAUAAAGAUCUCUGGAAAAGAAAUGAAGAUCAUUUAGAAAACCAAGCAAAGAACAAUUUCACAGAUGAAGGAGACCAGCUUUUUAAGAUGGGCAUCAAGAUCCUCCAGCAGUCUAAGAGCCAGAAACAAAAAGCAGAAGCCUACAUAUUCUUUGCCAAAGCAGCUGAUCUGGGAAACUUGAAAGCUAUGGAGAAAAUGGCUGAUGCUUUGCUAUUUGGAAAUUUUGGCAUGCAAAACAUUACAGCAGCUAUCCAAUUAUAUGAGUCCUUGGCUAAGGAAGGAUCAUAUAAAGCCCAAAACGCCUUAGGAUUUUUGUCUUCUUAUGGAAUAGGAAUGGAAUACAAUCAAGCUAAGGCACUGAUAUAUUAUACCUUUGGAAGUGCUGGAGGAAGCAUGAUGUCGCAGAUGAUUUUGGGGUACAGAUAUUUGUCAGGAAUCAAUGUUCUACAGAAUUGUGAAGUUGCCCUAAGUCAUUACAAGAAAGUGGCAGAUUAUAUUGCUGAUAAAUUGGAAAAAAGUGAAGGUAUUCCAGUGGAAAAAGUGAGACUAACUGAAAGACCUGAAAAUCUGAGUUCUAACAGUGAGAUUUUGGACUGGGACAUAUACCAAUACUAUAAAUUUUUGGCAGAAAGAGGAGAUGUUCAGAUACAAGUAUCUCUCGGACAGUUGCAUCUAAUUGGGAGGAAAGGUCUGGAUCAAGAUUACUAUAAAGCAUUGUACUACUUCUUAAAGGCAGCAAAAGCUGGGAGCGCAAAUGCUAUGGCAUUUAUAGGAAAGAUGUAUUUAGAAGGGAAUGCUGCAGCACCACAAAAUAAUGCUACUGCUUUCAAAUACUUUUCUAUGGCAGCUAGUAAGGGCAAUGCAAUUGGUCUUCAUGGGCUCGGUCUUCUUUACUUUUAUGGGAAAGGAGUUCCCGUGAAUUAUGCAGAAGCGCUUAAAUACUUUCAGAAAGCUGCAGAGAAGGGAUGGCCCAAUGCUCAGUUUCAGUUAGGCUUCAUGUACUACUCUGGCUCUGGAGUAUGGAAGGAUUAUAAACUUGCCUUCAAAUAUUUUUACUUGGCAUCUCAGAGUGGGCAGCCCCUAGCCAUUUAUUACCUGGCUGAGAUGUACGCCACAGGAACAGGAGUGCUGCGAUCAUGCAGAACCGCUGUGGAGAAAAGGCUAAAAUUCUUGAAAAAGAGAAGAUGUAUCCAAUGGCACUUCUCCUGUGGAAUCGAGCUGCCAUUCAAGGACAUUCACUUGGCCAGGAGAUUAUACGACAUGGCUGCUCAAACAAGUCCGGACGCUCACAUACCAGUGUUCUUGGCCCUCAUGAAAUUGGAAACUGUGCAUUUGCUCCAAGAUAUCCUGUUUUUUAAUUUUACAAUGAGAUGGAAGUGGACAGUACUGGACAACACCAUUGGACCAUGCUGGGAUUUAUUUGUAAUUGGCCUAAUUGUUGCUGUGCUGAUCUUCUUGCUUAGAAAUCGCUACGGGUAGGAUCCGGACCAUGGGAAAACCUGCUCACGGAACCAGUCCGCUGCAAGUUAUCUUCAUUAAAUAAAAAAUUUCCCCAUCAGACUCA